AAAUCAACUUAUCUGCUGAAUCUUUAGUAUUUUCAAGACUUUUUUCCUCUCCUUUCAUAAGACAAGCUCCAUUUAGUAAAUAUGAUGUAUCAGGUCAAAAUAAACCUGUGGAGGCAUGUCUUGAUGUGUUGCAAUUGUAUGUCCCAUCUGGACAUCCAAUUACAAUAAGCUUCAAAAUCAGUGCAUCCUAA